AUGACUGGAUUCAAACUGCGCCAUAGAUUUGGAAAGCUCCUUCUUUGCGGAACCCUUUAUUUUUUGCUCUUUUUUUUUCAGUUGAUCGCUGCCGCCUGCCUGGCCGGUGUCGUGCUCGCCCAGGACUACCAGGAAUAUCGCCAGGCACCGCUCCGAAUCGGUACCAAGGCCGAGGAGCCAAAGCCGACGCCAGUGCCGAUCCUGAAGCAGAUCAACAGGCACAACGAAGACGGGUCGUACACCUAUGGCUACGAGGGUGCGGACGGUUCGUUCAAGAUCGAAACGAAGCUGGCUACCGGUGAGGUGAAGGGCAAGUAUGGCUACGUGGAUGAGAAUGGAAAGGUGAAGGUCGUCGAGUACGGCGCCAACAAGUACGGCUUCCAGCCAUCCGGCGAGGGUAUUACCGUGCCGCCACCGACCCUGGUUGACGAAACGACUGGCAAGGAUGAUCUGCUCGACGAGGACAACGACAACGUGCCGCUGGCACCGCGCCAACAGAAGCACCGCCCUGCCUCUAAACCUCGCUACCAGGAAGUGCCGGCGCACCAUCAGCACCAACAGCAGCAGCACCAGCCUCAUCAGCAGCCUCACCAGCAGCCUCAGCAGCAGCGUCCUCAGUACUACGACUACGAGGACCAGCAGCAGCCUCAGCAGCUGCCUCAGCCGAAGUACCAGCCGGCACCGCAGUACGUCCAACGCUCCCACUUCGGUGGCUCCCCGGCCGCCGCUGGCCCCGCGCCCCCACGCGCUCAAGUCCCCAACGCCGUCCCCGUCGACGUAGUGUACUCGCCGAAGCAGCUGCCCGCACGCCCCGAAGCCGAGUACCGCAGCGUUGGCCCGCAGACCUUCCCCGGUGUGGCGCCCGAGCCGAAGAUCCGCUUCUCGCAGCCCGCUUUCGCGCAGGCCGCCCUUCCCCCGCAGCACGCUCCCGCCAAGUCCGCCAAUCACGCCCCACAGCCCGCCUUCGCACCGGCCCCUCUUCCACAGCCCCGUCCCCAGCCGGCCGUCUACCAGCCCCGUCCGGCCCAGGGACGCAGCACCAGCGUCCUGGACCAGCUGGCUAAGGACUACGCGCUGCCACAGGGUGGUUCCGCGCCGCUGCACGACAUCACCUUCGGUUACUACUAA